CACCGCCCGCGGUGUGCAGAGCAGCGCAUGCAUGUCUCGAAAAGACCUUUCCAGGAUGUAGACAGCCUCAGCCUCGGCGGGAUUCGUAGAGAAGGAGAAGCGUCUGUUGGAGAAAAGGAUUUUCUCGCUGGAGACCAUCGUGGCGAGGCUGUCAAGCGAAAGUUUUAUUCUUCAUAUUUUUGUUUCUCCUUGCCAGCUUCGGCGACCCUGUGCCUCUCUUCCACUUCAAGAGAGGACAGGAAUCCAGCCUACAGCAGUUCAGUGAUCUUUCCGGAUUCGGCUGCGUAGCAGUGUUGCAUCAACAUUAUUGAGAGCUGAUGGAGGCGACAACGCAGAGACAGAGCCUUGCUGCAUGCAGUCUACGCCGUCCCCAAGUCAACGAAGAACAUCUACACAUCUCAGCGCCUUUUGUUGCGAGCAGGAGCGUGAGAUCUCGUCUAGUGAUGCCGUAUUGUGUACAAACAGAUCCACUGCACGGAAGAUAAAUGCGACCUUUGUCCAGGCCUGCAGGUACACAGACACCGCGGAGGCCAGACGACUUGCCCAUCUGACUCUCUGCAGAUGCAAUUUUGAAUCCUCGAAAAGGGAGAAGAGUCGAGGCGUUGGCUCAGCUGGCCCCAAGAGAAAAAUUGCCAUCUCUCAGUUGUUCUGUUUCUUGUCGGGAGGAGACGUCGCACACCCGUUCGGCAGGCUUGUUCAAACAAAGCGAGACAGGCGGGAGGCGCGUAUACGCAGGAAGGAGGAUGGCCGAGGCGCUCUGCUCUCCUUCUUGCAUUUUCUCUUAGCGUCAUACUUUUAUUAUGCUCCUUAAACGCUUGUCUUGGCCUCUGCGCUUCGUGUAUACGGCUUACAAUCUAAAAAACUGAGCUCUGCUCUCCUUCUUGCAUUUUCUCCUAGCGUCAUACUUUUAUUAUGCUCCUUAAACGCUUGUCUUGGCCUCUGCGCUUCGUGUAUACGGCUUACAAUCUAAAAAAGUGAGUCUCUGCCGCAGAGUCGGCGCUGUCCAAUACACCCCCCGCGACUCUCGCGCCGGCUGCUGCGCAUGCACACUGUCGCUUUCCUGCAAACGAACGGCGGUGAACAUUUCCGAGGCAGGCAGACUUUUGACUGAGGAAAAAGGACGGUGCUUUUCAAGGAAAGGGAGACGAGAACAGUGAAGAGAAGUCAAAAGGAAUUCCCGUCCAAAACAGCAGAGUCCUCCCCCAGCGCCAUCUUCACUCGAGUGUCUUGCCGAAGCAGGUCACCGCGUUUGGGUCCUUCGUGUCUUCUUUCUCUUUCUCUCUUCAUCUGUUUCUCUUUCUUGUGGACUUUUCUAGUCUCCCUCCCCAAUGCUUCACUCUAUCUCGUCCAAAGAGCCUCCGCUGAUGUCGUUUCCCCACUGCUUUGCUGCGGCGGCAUGCGUCUUGAGGCUUGACAUGCGGACGACCGUCGAGCCAGUCUGCACACGCGUUUUUCGACUGCCUCGCUGCUGGAGGGGUACUUUGUUUUUUCUUCCUUUCCUCAAACUUUCUCUUCCCCGUCGGCGAGAGAGAAGGCCUCGAAAAGAGAGAGUUUUAUCGCUUCUCUUUUUUUGUCUCGGCCGGAUUCUUCGCACGCGACCUCCAAGCCUGUGACCCCCGUCUUUUCUCUUCUGUCCUCGUUGUUUUCCUCGCUCAUGAGACGUCUUCCUCCAACAGCUCCUUCUUCUGUCCCCGGUCGCGCUCUGGUCUUUCAGUCCUCCUUUUGGCUCCUUUCUUCCUCUUCUCUCAGUGUGUGUCUCUUUCCUAAAAAUGAGCGAUUCUGUUUUCUCUCGGGCCGCCUCGGCCUCUCAGCGCGAAGGUUCACGGGAAGACCCUAGUCCUUCCCCAUCUUCUUCUUCUUCCUCUUCUUCUUCUUCCCCAUCUUCUUCUUCUUCCCCAUCUUCUUCUUCUUCCCCAUCUUCUUCUUCUUCCCCAUCUUCUUCUUCUUCCCCAUCUUCUUCUUCUUCCCCAUCUUCUUCUUCCUCUUCUUCCUCUUCGUCCUCUUCUUCUUGUACCUCUUCUUCCUCUUCUUCCUCUUCGUCCUCUUCUUCUUGUACCUCUUCUUCGUCGCUCGCUUCCAUUUCCCCCUCUUCCCCAUCUUCUUCGCUCGCUUCGUCUCCUUCGGCGCCUUCAUCGCCAGGUCUCUCUCAGUCUGCGUUUUCUCCCCAGCCUCAAAUUCGCAGACUAGAUCCGAGCGUCGUGCAGCUGAUCGCCGCGGGCGAGGUCGUCCUCCGACCGUCUUCUGCGUUGAAGGAACUUCUGGAAAACGCUCUGGACGCGCGCAGUUCGUCGAUCUCAGUCUCCGUGCACAACGGAGGCUUCAAACUCCUCGCUGUCAGUGACGACGGCUGCGGCAUCCACCCGCAAGACCUCACCAUCUUGUGCCAACGUUUUACCACAAGCAAACUGAAGGCCCUCUCCGACCUCAGGUGUAUGAACACCUUCGGCUUCCGAGGCGAAGCGCUUGCCAGCUUGGCCGUCGUUGGACAGGUCGACGUCACAACGCGAAUCGCUUCGCUUCCUCACGGAUACCGAUGCUCCUACGACAAAGGCGAGCCAAUUCUCUCUUCUGACUCUGCUUCUUCUUCUGCUUCUUCUUCUGCGUCUGCUUCUUCUGCUUCUUCUUCUGCGUCUGCUUCUUCCGCUUCUUCUUCUGCUUCUUCUUCUGCGUCUGCUUCUUCUGCUUCUUCUGCUUCUUCUUCUGCGUCUGCUUCUUCUGCUUCUUCUUCGUCUACUUUGCAGGUGCCUGCAGGUGUAUCAGUGGCGGCUCGGAGUCGGGGGACGACUUUGCGCGUCUCUCGGCUGUUCCACGCGUUCCCCGAAAGACGAAAAAUGCUCGCGUCUCCUCAGGAGGAAUACGCCAAGUGUCUCGACGUCUGCAUGCGCUAUGCCAUCGACAACCCUCACAUCAAAUUCACAUGCAGGCGCCAAGAUAAGACACAAACGGAUUUUUCCACUUCUGGAUGGCCCCGAGUCUCUUCUUCUUCCUCGUCUUCCUCGUCUUCCUCGUCUUCCUCUUCUUCUCCUCCUGCUUCUGUCGCCUCUUUUUCCUCGCCUCUGUCUUCGUUAUCUUCUCCGUCUGAGUCUUCAGGCUCUCCGGGCUUGACUGUGGUUGGGUCUUGCGUGAGGCGCGAAGAAGAGGAGGAGCCUGCGCUUCAUGCGGAGGAACUGCGUCGAAUGAAGGAGGCGAGUCGUCGGGGAGGAAGGACCUUGGCGGUCGUCGAGCGAGCCUUCGGCCACAGCGUCCGUGCAGGUCUGACUGCGAUAGACGUUUCGUUUCUUCUCCCGCAUGCAGCCUGGCGCUUUGAGCCACAGCCAGACGCCAAGAGCAACGAGGAAGAGGAGUCGGACGGGGACGAGGCGAGAGCGAGAAUACCUGGGGAGAAAGAACGCAUGCACCGAGACAGGCGAAGAAGCGACGGCUCUGCCGGUGCAUGCGAAGGCGGAACGUCUCCAGACGAAGAUGCAGAGGAGCGCGACACUGAAGAUAAGGCGACCAAAGAGAAAGAGAAGAAAAAACAGUGCCAAGUGUCUGUGUGGGGAUACGCCAGCCGCAUUUCUGCCGGAGUCAAGCCGCCUGGAACGUUCAUCCUCUUCAUCAACGGCCGACUCGUCGAUGCCCCGACUCUCAGAAAAAGCAUCGAGGGCGUCUAUCAGGAGUUGCUGCCUCGCGGGUUGAAGGCAUGGGUGUAUCUUUCUCUGACUUUGCCUCCGUGGUUGAUCGAUGUGAAUGUACACCCGACGAAGCAACGCGUCCAGCUUCUCUACGAGGACUUCGUCGCCGCAAAUCUCGCGAAACAUUUUCGAGAGCGCCUCGGAUCGCAGGCGUCAUCCCAAAUCUUCAACGUUCAGACGGUCUCGUCCAGUCAGGAUCCGUCGGCCUCCUCCGGUUCGCCUCCAGGUCUCUCUCAGCGGCUGCUUGUCUUUCCUCGGACGCUGGAGUCUUCUUCGCUCCCGUGUACCGCGGAAGGGCAAGAAGGCCGGCAAGCAGAACGAGUUGGCGGAACAGAGGAUCCGACAGGAAGAACAAAUGCAGACGAUGGAGAGUGUUCACGGAGGAGAGACGCCGCCGCCCAGUCGCGGGAGGAGGGCGACGUCCGAAACGCUGCUCCUUCUGCUCCGUCCUCCGCUUGCUGUUCUUCGUCUCGGUCUUCAGCCGCUUCUUCUUCUCACCCAGGGAUGGCAAAAAAGCUGUUAAAUCCAGCUCGCGUUCGAACGGACUUUCGGCAAACAACGCUUUCUGGCUUCCUCGGUACCAGACACUCUACCGUUGAUCCAAUUUCCAAUGUCUCAUCUUCUUCCUCUUCUUCCUCUUCUUCCUCUUCUUCCUCUCCUCCGUCUUCUUCUGCCUCGUCUCUUUCUUCAUCUUCCUCGCUUUCAUCUUCUUCGUCUCUCUCUGAUUCUCUCUCUGCGUCUUUGUUUCCUCGUGCGUCGGCAGGGGAGGCGCAGGACGGGUGUGGAGGGCGUAGCCGCGGCGCCGAGGCGGCGGACUCUACAGAGUCUCUCGCGAGCAGCAGAGUGAGGCAGGAGACUUCGUUUUUUCGUUCGCGUCCUGCGCUCGAGCAGGUUGUGUUGAGGAACUUCCCGAGUGACUCUGCGUAUCUCGCCUCGGUCCAGACGCUGCUCGAAGAGGUUCGGCGCGCGGGCGGCUCCGCCGCAGGGGAGAGCGCGAGAGGCCGACGCGAUAGCCGAGACGUCGGAAAGACGGAGGAGGCAGCGGGGGACCUGGACGGCUGCGACGCCUGGCUUCAGCAGUCUCUCCUCGUCGGCGCUGUGAGCGAGACGCACGCCCUCCUCCAACACAAUCACCUGCUGCUGCUCGUCGACCUGCAGAGAGUCAUGAGAGCGUUUCUGUACCAGUCCGUUCUGCUGAGACUCGGCCGCCUCCCUCCGCUGAUCCUCGACCCUCCGUUGAUUCUCUCCAAGCUGUUGCGAGAAGGCCUGCGUCGGAGACGACGCAUGCAGUGGGAUGAGUCUGGCGCCUCUCAACUGGAAGGCACGAGUGUGGAGCAAGCGCUCGAGUGUCUACUUCGUCACCGUUCGCUUCUCUGUGACUACUUCAGUCUCGGAAUCGCUCCCGACUCUGGGAGGUCACGCAAACGCCCCAGAGACGAUGAAGAAGUCGGCGCGGAGGACGCAAAGCUCGGGUGGCGCCUCAAAACGGUGCCUCUCGCAUGCGGAUCCUACUUCCCUCUUCGGAAUCUCCCGGAGCUUCUUCUCCAACUCGGUCUCGAUGUGGACUGGCGUAAAGAGACGUCUUGUCUUCGAGAUGCCGCCGAAGCGUUUGCGCGUUUCUUCGCAUCCGUUCCGCCGCAUGUGACUGCAGCGGCCGACGCCUCGAGCCUCGCAGUCCAUCCGGCAGUGCGAGAUAUCUUUUCUAUGCAUUUCCUGCCCGCGAUCCGCGGCUACUGGAAAUGCGCUCUGCCAAAGACAUAUUUCUCGGAUGGCACGAUCCGAGUCGUCGCUUCGCUGCCAGCGCUCUACCGCGUCUUCGAGCGGUGCUAGGCGGCAGCGGAGAGACGGUGGCCGAGACAACAAGGAAAGUCUUCCGAGAGGGAAUGCGCGGAAGAGAAGCGGCCCGGCAGACGCGGGAGGAGGGGAAGAAGGAAAGAGAGAAAAAGAAAUGAAGAAGGAUCAGAGUACGCAGACAGGAAAUGAGGUCGCAGGACCGCUGAAAGAGACGUUCGAGAAC